AUGGGGAUACCAAAUCUGAGAAGUGGCAGAACAGAAGUCUCAGCAUUCUCCUUCAAAAGUCAGACUUUCUUGGGGACCAAAAGUAAUGUACAUGAAAAUCCAUCAAUUUGGAGAUCAACAGAAGGGAGGUCGGUCUGUCUUUUUCAUGUCACUUUUCACUGCCCUUUAGUUCCUUUGGCUGCUUGGGUUCUCCAUAAAAUCUACCUUAGGUGGAACUCAUUCAAUCAUCUUCAGAUAUCCCUUUGGAAUCUUGGAAAAGUUGUGGUGCUUGGUGGUACUUCUCAAUCAGAGAAAGGUAGGCAACCACCAAUGGGGGAUAGGUAUCUAUCAAGGCAGGGAAGUGGGGUUUGGAGGUCUUUCAGAUAUGGAGAUUUUGAGGAAGAAGAUGUUUGGGAUGUUAUAAGAGAUAGAAACAAUUCAAGCACCAUGCCUGUUAGAUCCAAGGAAUCCUCAGUUUCUGUUCCGAGACGCCUCCCAACUGCUUCAAGGAUGAUACCGAGAGCUAGCAGCCACAAUUAUGGCAGUGGAAGUAGCUAUAGCAGUAGCAACAACACUCAUGAAGCCAAAAUUGUGCAACAAUCUGCACCAGUUCACAUUCCCAGCUGGUCAAAAGCAAAUGGCCAGAAAUCAAACAAGGGUUCCCACAAUAGUUCAUGGCAUAAUGAGUGUGACGAUUCUGAUGAUGAUGAUAUUGAUGAAGAUGGGGAUCAUGACGAUGAGGAUGAAGAGGAAGAGGCAGAUGACUACAAUGCAAAGGAACCCCCACACGAGUUUCUUGCCAGGAGGCUUGCAAGGAGUCAGAUUUCUUCUUUUUCAGUCUUUGAAGGAGCUGGGAGGACCCUAAAGGGAAGGGACCUCAGCAAAGUGAGGAAUGCUGUUCUAACAAAAACGGGUUUCCUUGAAUCAUUGUGAUUGUAGGUCUCAACUCCCAUGGAAUCAUGGAAGUGUUGUUAUUGUUUAUUUCUGUGUAGGGGUUUUUGUGAUUGUUUGCUUAGUCAGAAAUUGUCUUGUAGUUAAUGGUCCAAGGUGUAAGAAAUCAAAAUUAGUGUGUAGUAGAAUUGCCAGGAAGUUCAUCUCUUGUUUCCAGUAUUUGUAUUCUAAUUGCACAUUUCCAUAUGUUUGAUUGUUCUAAUCAGGAUUCAGUGAAGGGUUAGUGUCCCCAAGAUCACUAGCAAUGUUACUUUU